AUGUCUACAAAUAACCAAUUUCUUACCUUUACUCAAGAAGAAGACAAUAUAAGUUAUGAUUCUUCAAAUACUAUAACUGAUCAGGAGGAUAAUAAUGAAAUUCAUGAAAGUGAUUCUGAAAUAA